GGAAGCGCGCGCGCAGGCCCAGCCCUCGUCGCCGCCGCCAUUUUAGCUCCUGGUUCCGGCCGCACGGUGUGGGCUGUUGUAGCGGGAGGGGUGGGGGGUCCCCAAGAGUUAAGUCGCUGUCCUCCACUGUGCCGAUACAGCCGCCAGCUUUUUUCUCCUUUCUUCCUUCUUAACCGCUCGCUCGAAGAGUGCGAAGAUGUCCAAGCGGCACCGGUUGGACCUGGGGGAGGAUUACCCCUCCGGCAAGAAGCGUGCGGGGACCGAUGGGAAAGAACGAGAUCGAGACCGGGAUCGUGAAGAUCGGUCUAAAGAUCGGGACCGAGAACGUGAUAGAGGAGAUCGAGAGCGGGAGAGGGAGAAAGAAAAGGAGAAGGAAUUGCGAGCUUCAACCAAUGCUAUGCUUAUCAGUGCUGGAUUACCACCUUUGAAAGCUUCCCAUUCAGCUCAUUCAACCCACUCUGCUCAUUCAACACAUUCGACACAUUCUGCUCAUUCAACACACACUGGACAUGCAGGACACACAUCACUUCCACAGUGCAUUAAUCCAUUCACCAAUUUACCCCAUACACCUCGAUACUAUGAUAUUCUAAAGAAACGACUUCAGCUCCCUGUUUGGGAAUACAAGGAUAGGUUUACAGAUAUCCUGGUUAGACAUCAGUCAUUUGUGCUGGUUGGCGAGACUGGGUCUGGUAAGACAACACAGAUUCCACAGUGGUGUGUGGAGUAUAUGCGAUCAUUACCGGGACCCAAGAGAGGAGUUGCCUGUACCCAACCCAGGAGAGUGGCUGCAAUGAGCGUGGCUCAGAGAGUUGCUGAUGAGAUGGAUGUGAUGUUGGGCCAGGAAGUUGGUUAUUCCAUUCGAUUUGAAGACUGCAGUAGCGCAAAAACCAUCCUUAAGUAUAUGACUGAUGGGAUGUUACUUCGUGAAGCCAUGAACGAUCCCCUCCUGGAACGUUACGGUGUGAUAAUUCUUGAUGAGGCUCAUGAAAGAACACUGGCUACAGAUAUUCUCAUGGGUGUUUUAAAAGAAGUUGUAAGACAGAGAUCAGACUUAAAGGUUAUAGUUAUGAGUGCUACUCUAGAUGCGGGAAAAUUCCAGAUUUACUUUGAUAACUGUCCUCUCUUAACUAUUCCUGGCCGCACGCAUCCUGUUGAGAUCUUUUAUACUCCAGAACCAGAGAGAGAUUAUCUUGAAGCAGCAAUUCGAACAGUGAUCCAGAUACAUAUGUGUGAAGAGGAGGAGGGAGAUCUUCUACUUUUUUUAACUGGUCAAGAGGAAAUUGAUGAAGCCUGUAAAAGAAUAAAGCGCGAGGUUGAUGAUUUGGGUCCUGAAGUUGGUGACAUUAAAAUCAUUCCACUGUACUCUACACUUCCACCCCAGCAGCAGCAACGCAUUUUUGAACCUCCACCUCCAAAAAAACAGAAUGGAGCCAUUGGAAGAAAGGUAGUUGUGUCAACUAACAUUGCAGAGACAUCAUUGACAAUAGAUGGUGUGGUAUUUGUGAUUGAUCCUGGAUUUGCAAAACAGAAGGUAUACAAUCCUCGAAUCAGAGUUGAAUCUCUUUUGGUGACAGCUAUUAGUAAGGCUUCAGCUCAACAAAGAGCUGGUCGAGCUGGACGUACCAGACCUGGGAAAUGCUUCAGGCUUUACACAGAAAAAGCUUAUAAAACAGAAAUGCAGGAUAACACCUAUCCUGAGAUUUUGCGUUCUAAUUUAGGAUCAGUUGUGUUACAAUUGAAGAAACUUGGUAUUGAUGAUUUGGUGCAUUUUGAUUUUAUGGAUCCACCAGCUCCUGAAACUCUGAUGAGAGCCUUAGAACUUUUGAAUUAUCUGGCUGCUUUAAAUGAUGAUGGAGAUCUGACUGAAUUGGGAUCCAUGAUGGCAGAGUUUCCUCUAGAUCCACAGCUCGCUAAAAUGGUUAUUGCAAGUUGUGACUACAACUGUUCUAAUGAGGUCCUAUCUAUUACUGCUAUGUUGUCAGUCCCACAGUGUUUUGUUCGCCCCACGGAGGCCAAGAAAGCUGCAGAUGAGGCCAAGAUGAGAUUUGCCCACAUAGAUGGAGAUCAUCUGACACUGCUGAAUGUCUACCACGCUUUUAAACAAAAUCAUGAGUCGGUUCAGUGGUGUUAUGACAACUUCAUUAACUACCGGUCCCUGAUGUCCGCAGACAAUGUACGCCAGCAGCUAUCUCGAAUUAUGGAUAGAUUUAAUUUGCCUCGUAGAAGUACUGACUUUACAAGCAGGGACUAUUAUAUUAACAUAAGAAAAGCUUUGGUUACUGGGUAUUUUAUGCAGGUGGCACAUUUAGAACGAACAGGGCAUUACUUAACUGUGAAAGAUAACCAAGUGGUUCAGUUGCACCCCUCUACUGUUCUUGACCACAAGCCUGAAUGGGUGCUUUAUAAUGAGUUUGUUCUAACGACGAAGAAUUACAUCCGGACAUGUACAGAUAUCAAGCCAGAAUGGUUGGUGAAAAUUGCCCCUCAAUAUUAUGACAUGAGCAAUUUCCCACAGUGUGAAGCAAAGAGACAGUUGGACCGCAUUAUUGCCAAACUUCAAUCCAAGGAAUAUUCACAGUACUGAAUUCCAUGCUUAGAACUGAAGUUAUUCAGAGGACAGCUUUAAAAGAUGAAUGAACUCAAAAGUUCAAGUUGUGCUCUUCACGUUGGUUCAAUAAUGGCCUUUAUUUGAAAGCUUUUUAAUUUUUCUUUACAGUAAAUAUUCCAUUCUGAUUUCAUAAAUUAAACAUUUAUGCCUCCCCUUUGUGUUGACACUGUAGCUCAUACUGGAAAAGUCGAUCAAUGUUUUGCAGUUUAUUGAAAGUAGUUCUAUAUAUAACAAUGUUUAAGCAUUUCUUUAGAAAUGGUUGAAAAUGCUUCUAAAAUGUGAUUAUCGACCAUGGUAUGCAUGAUCGUUGUAAUUGUUGACAUUCCUUUUAGAAGUUGUGAAAUGUUACAACUUGUGCUUAUGUAGACACAAUCUUCUGUCUCAGUACAGAGGCACUGACUUCAAUAAAGUCUAUUUAUACUAAUUUUGGUCAAAGCCCUUUGGUAUCUUUAUUCUAGUCUCUUUAAGUAUAACUGCUUCUCUUCCCAAAUGUGGGGCUUUUUCUUUUUUAUUAUAAUUAUACUAUUACGUACUUAGCUUUUUUCCACAAGGAGUACUCCCUAAGUAGUUAAAGCAAUAUUUUUAAGAGCAUAGAGUAGGUAGCACUUUGUUAGUUUAAUCAGUUUAUGAUCUCUGUUAGUUUAAUUGGUAUGUGAUCUAAUGAGAUACAGUAUGUAAUAUCUUUUGAAAUUGGAUCCUAAGAAAGAGAAUGAAAGGAUAGGUUCCUCUUUUUCUUACAGUUCAUUUCAUAAAGCUGAUAAUUUAUUAUCUUGUUACUGCAUUUUUGCCAGAUCUUUUUAAUAACAGAUAAAUGUUUAAAGUACUCUAUCCUCUGAAACAUGUUUAUUUGUAUUAAAUAGGAGGAAAUGAUAUUGUAUUGUAUAUCUUGAUCAGUUUUACUAAAUUUUGAGUAUUGGAAGUUUUAUGCAAUAUACAAAGUCAUUUGUAUAGUGUGUUAAAAUAAGAAUUUGAUCUUCCAUUUCCUAUAACAGGCAGUAGACAGGUUCAUACCCCUUUGGAACCAAAAAUGGGAUGUUUGAUGUGGCCCAUCAAAGAUUCUAUAAUAAAUCAGUUGUUUUCACUUGAAGACUAAA